GCGUGCUGGCGACCUGCUGCAGCGUGCGGGCUUGGCGCCAGUCCCGCGGCGACAUCGACAUAAGAAGAAAUGGGUUCUUAUCACUGAAGGUGAUUAUCCAACCUUCCUGGGGUCUGAGAAUUCACCCCAAACAACUUUCAGUCCUGUGAUUCUGAGCAUUAUGGUGCGUGAUCUUAGGCUGCUACCGAGCCCAAAUUCCCUGCCAGUCGGCUGGCUCUACAGAACUUUGAUAUGACUUACAGUGUGCAGUUUGGGCCUCUUUGGCCAUCAAUCCGUGUCAGUCUCCUCUCAGAGCCAAAGUAUGGUGCACUGGUUAAUAAUUUUGCUGACUGGGAUAAUGUGAGAACUAAGCUGGAGCAGCUGAGUGCCAGAGACUUUGUGAAUGAAGCCAUCUCCCGUAGGGAACUGGAGCCUGAGAGUGGCCACUCUGCAACCCCAUUCCCAGCCUGCAGUCCUAAUCUCAGAUGCUUCACUUUCGCCAGAGGAGAUGUCAGCCGCUUCCCUCCUGCCAGACUUGGCAGUUUGGGUGUCAUGGAUUACUACCUAAUGGAUGCUGCCUCCUUGCUGCCUGUCCUGGCUCUUGGCCUACAGCCUGGGGACACUGUGCUUGACCUGUGUGCAGCCCCUGGGGGAAAGAUGCUAGCAUUACUUCAGACUGGCUGUUGUCGCAAUAUUGCUGCCAAUGAUAUCUCCACCUCCCGAACAGGCAGACUACAGAAGGUCCUUCAGAGUUAUGUACCUCAAGAAUCCAGGGAAAGGAAUCAAGUUCGAGUCACCUCAUGGGAUGGCAGGAAGUGGGGAGAACUAGAAGGGGACACUUAUGACCGGGUGCUGGUGGAUGUACCCUGUACCACAGACCGCCACUCCCUUCACCAGGAUGAGAACAACAUCUUUCAUCGGUCAAGGAAGAAGGAGCGACAGAUGUUGCCUAUGUUGCAAGUGCAGCUUCUGGCGGCUGGACUCCUUGCCACCAGACCAGGAGGCCAUGUUGUCUAUUCCACGUGCUCACUUUCACACUUACAGAAUGAAUAUGUAGUACACGGUGCCAUUGAGCUUCUGGACAAUCAAUAUAACAUCAAGGUUCAGGUGGAAGACAUGUCUCACUUCCGAAAGCUUUUCAUGGACACAUUCUAUUUCUUCCCUUCCUGCCAGGUUGGGGAAUUGGUAAUACCAAACCUCCUGGCCAAUUUUGGCCCUAUGUACUUCUGCAAAAUGUGUAGGCUGACAUAGCCUUACAUUAUGCCUGGAGUAGGAGGACAAAGGAGGCACUGCAGACAGACCUGUGGCAGAGAUGUACUCUAUGCUGUUCAAGUUUUUCUGCAGAUAAAUUUCUGCAGAAAUUGGUCCUGCUGUCCAAUUGUGGAAUAUUAGCAGGUUUUUAACUAAUACUCCCACCCCUAUCUCUAAGCCUGUACUGAAAGUUCCUGUUCCAUUAGGGGUUUAGAAGGAGAAACCAGUGAGGAAGUUCACACUUUAAAAUGUAAACUUGUAAGAAGCAUUUAGCCAAUAAAACCAUUGAAGUACCAUAG